GUUGCCGUCUGUAGUUCUACCUAUAUGUCUGUAAUGGUAGAUGCAAAUUGCGAUAAGCCGUGGUCAGCACGUGCCUUGCAAACUACUAAGCAGCGCGUAGGCGCCUGUCAGUUUGUCACGAAUUGGAUAUCGGUAAGAGCAGUGGAUGGCAGUGGGCAGGGGAUGAUCUUCGUCUCCCUCGCCUCCAAACCACAAAAAAAAGAAAAAACAAACAACACCAACCACAACAACAAAAUCUCUUUCUUUGAGGGAAAGCCAUUAAUCAUCAAUCCGAAGGCCUCUCAACCAAAUUAUAUGCAUGUUCAUCCUUCUUUCUCUCUUGAUUUUGUGUAAUGACAAUGAAAAUAUUCCUAGAAAUUAGAAUCAUCACUUUGUUCUUUUUACUGAUCAACGAUUAAGGAACUGAAUUAGGCUUUUUCUUUAAUAUUUCUAUUUUUGUCUAGACUUCUUUUUCUAUUGGGUUUAUGGCGACUUUACUCAACUCAAUAUCUUCUAUGACCAACCCAUCACCUGAAACAACAAGGAAACCAUAUGGUUUCUUUUACCAUAUCCCAAACCUUCAUUCUUUUUCACUCAAAAAGGGUUUUAACAGGGUUUUUGCAACUACCCAGAUCACAAUUUCCCCUAAAGACUCUGUUUUUACUUUACCAAAUUGGAAGACAGGGAAAAAUGACACUAAAAGUAGGGAACUUAGGCUUAAAGAUGCUUUUUUUCACAUGGAAUAUAUGGUGGGGAAGGGACAGAAGCCUGAUGCAUCUCAAGCUACACAGCUGUUGUAUGAUUUGUGCAAGGCUAAUAAGAUGAAAAAGUCAAUUAGGGUGAUGGAGAUGAUGGUUGAUUCUGGUAUUAUACCCGAUGCAGCUUCUUAUACUUUCUUGGUCAAUUAUUUAUGUAAGGGAGGAAAUGUUGGACAUGCAAUGCAGUUAGUGGGAAAGAUGGAGGCUCACGGUUAUCCAACUAGUAUUGUUACUUAUAAUUCUGUACUUAGAGGGCUUUAUAUGCAUGGAAACUUGAAGCAAAGCUUGCAAUCGUUGGAUAAGUUAAUACAAAGAGGACUAGUUCCCAAUGAACGUACUUACUCUUUCUUGCUUGAAGCUGCUUGUAAGGAAAAAGGAGUAAAUGAGGCAAUGAAGCUUUUGGAUGAGAUUAUUGCCAAAGGUGGGAAGCAUAAUUUGGUUAGUUACAAUGUUUUGUUGACUGGGUUGUGCAAGGAAGGGAGGACUGAUGAGGCGAUCAGGUUUUUCAGGGAUUUGCCUGCUAAAGGAUUUGAUCCAAAUGUUGUUAGCUGUAACAUUGUGCUAAGGAAUUUGUGCUAUGAGGGACGGUGGAAUGAAGCAAAUGAGCUUUUAGCAGAGAUGGAUGGUGAGGAUCUUUCUCCUUCUAUAGUUACUUACCAUAUAUUGAUUGGUUCUCUUGCCAUCCAUGGCAGGACUGACCAUGCUUUGGUUGUUUUAGAAAAAAUGAUUAGAGAACGUUUUGAGGUCAGUGCCGUAAGCUAUAACCCAAUAAUUGCUCGUCUCUGCCUAGAGGGGAAGGUGGAUCAUGCGGUUAAGUGUCUAAACCAGAUGAUCUAUAAACGUUGUAAACCUGAUGAAGGAACAUAUAAUGCUAUUGCUGUUCUCUGUCAGCAGGGAAUGGUGCAAGAGGCAUUCUCCAUAAUCCUAAGCUGGCGCAAACAAAAUUCCUCUCUACAUCAUUUCUACAAGAGUGUGAUUUCUAGCUUAUGCAGAAAAGGAAACACAUAUCCAGCAUUUCAGCUUUUAUAUGAAAUGACCAAGUCUGGAUUCACUCCCCACUCUUACACCUAUUCAUCACUAAUCAGUGGAUUGUGCUUGGAGGGAAUGUUGCAAGGGGCAAUGGAAAUUCUCGUAGUAAUGGAAGAAAGCUACUAUAUGCCUGAUGUUGACAAUUUUAAUGCACUUAUCUUAGGAUUCUGCAAAUCCCAGAGAACUGAUCUGGCCUUGAAGGUUUUCGAAAUGAUGAUAGAGAAGGAUAUGCCUAGUGAGACAACUUAUACUAUUCUCGUGGAAGGUAUUGCUCAUGAAGGAAAAGAGCUAGCCGCUGAAGUAUUGAAGGAGUUGCAUGUGAGAGAAGUUGUAAGUCAACAUACUGUAGAAAGACUUGUUAUGCAAUACAACCUUUCUGCUAUAGAUAACUUCUGAUUUUUAGGGUGCCAAAAUAUAGAGAGGAAAAUGGAAGAAACUGAAAGAUUAUCAUUCUGUGACUUUAUGCAAAAUUGGUUCUGACUGUUUAGAUCUUUGACAGUGUCAAAACAUGAAUUUUGUAAUGAACCAAGGAAAAAAUAGCUUGAGGUCAAAUGGCACUGUAUCCAAAUUUGGAAGGUGGAGGGAAGAUGAAUCAAGUUCAAGCACAAGGACUCAACUUUGUGGUACUUUAUUUGCUUGAGCUGGUUAAAGGGUCGUUGUAAAUUCUGUACUUGUAGAGCAUUUCUUAGUCAUGUACAAGUUGAUUAUUAUGGUUGAUAUGAGAUGAUUAAUUUUACUCCCCUUUUAAAGCAGGCAUCUAAUAAAAGAAUCAUUUGGCACUUGCUUACUAUAAAUUAUCAUAAUCCUUUCUAGGAUUCACAAAUCAGUAUGUAAAAAUUCUUACACGGAUUCCAUCCUCAGUUGGAAGUGAACUGCAGAGGUCUGACUUCCAUUGGAGUUAGCUUCUUCUUACAGAUGCUUUUUUAUUAUUUACUGAAUUUAUAUGGUUUCAUUCGUCCUUUUCUUAAAAGAAAAGAAGUAUGUUUCAGAGAACCGAAUAACUUUUUUAAUCCAAACUAGGUUGUUGUUCAUAUACAUGUCGUAAGUCAGGGCAAAGAUCCGUCAACGAUGCAGGAAUAGGUAAUUCAGAUUGAUUAUUCAAAUCUAUUGCAAGUCAGGGUAGGAUAUGUCAUUUCGUAUAGGAAUAGGACAUUCCAGAUUAAUGGCAAUGGAAAUACACAAGUCCAACUAAGACCAGUUACUCUCGGUAUUGUUGCAAAUUGGGCCUGGAAGGACUUUGUAUUAAGAGCAGUUAUGAUACAAAUAUUCGAAACAAAGAAAACAUUUUUUUUUUUGUGAUACAAGAUGACAAUUGUGUCAAUCAUAGCUUUACAAGGGCCGAAAGGCUGGAAGCAGAGUAACACAUACUUUAAUUUUGCUGCAAAAAUUUUAGCAUCCAUGUUUGUUGUUGAUAAAUCCAGUCACUUAUAAACCUUCACUUCUCUAAAGAACAUAAGUUGGAAACAAACCUUUGGAAAAUAAGGCAGCCUUAAAAAUCACUUUCAUUUUAUAAAUCACAAACCACAAGCCAAUCAAGAUUUUUCGUCUCAAAUCAUAGAACCACACACAAACAGUUUGCAUCAUUUUAAAAUCGAAUAAACCCCAAAUGCUUGAGAAUAUAUGGCAACCAUUUAUCUCGCAUGUUAGACCAGAGUAACACGGCCAAAUAUUAGACAAAGGCC